GCGUUGCCCCGGCCGGACACGGCGCCCGGGGCGGAGAUGGCGGACGAGCCGCAGAAGAAGCCGCACUUGUCGGCCUUGGUGGGACACACGAACGGGCUCACCAAGCCCGCCUCGCUGGCCACCACCCGCUCCACGGGAGGAGGAGGCGGGGGCGCGACCGCCUCCUCCAAGAAACUCGUGAUCAAGAACUUCAGAGAAAGACCCAAAUUACCAGAUAAUUACACUCAGGACACCUGGCAGAAACUUCAUGAAGCGGUGGGAGCAAUACAGAGUAGCAUUUCUAUUAAGUACAACCUUGAAGAGCUCUACCAGGCUGUUGAAAAUCUCUGUUCCUACAAAGUCUCUGCUACACUGUACAAACAGCUGCGACAAGUCUGUGAAGAACAUGUGAAAGCACAAAUCCUUCAAUUUAGAGAAGAUUCUCUGGAUAGUCUUUUAUUUUUAAAGAAGAUAAAUAAAUGCUGGCAAGAUCAUUGCAGACAAAUGAUCAUGAUCAGAAGCAUUUUCUUAUUUUUGGAUCGUACAUAUGUGCUUCAGAAUUCAGUGCUUCCUUCUAUAUGGGAUAUGGGGCUAGAGUUAUUUAGAAACCAUAUCAUUAGUGACAAGCAAGUUCAAACCAAGACGAUUGAUGGAAUUCUCCUGCUGAUCGAACGAGAGCGAAAUGGUGAAGCUGUGGACAGAAGUUUGCUGCGGAGUUUGUUGAGCAUGCUCUCAGAUCUGCAGGUUUACAAGGAGUCAUUUGAACAGAGGUUUCUGGAAGAGACAAAUUGUUUAUAUGCUGCAGAAGGCCAAAGAUUAAUGCAGGAAAGAGAGGUCCCAGAAUAUCUUCACCACGUUAAUAAACGUUUGGAAGAAGAAGGAGAUAGAGUAAUAACAUAUUUAGAUCACAGCACACAGAAACCACUGAUUGCUUGUGUGGAGAAGCAGCUACUAGGAGAGCACUUAACAGCUAUUUUGCAAAAAGGACUUGAUAGCCUGCUCGAUGAAAAUAGAAUACCAGAUUUGACCCAGACAUACCAGCUGUUCAGCCGGGUAAAAGGUGGGCAGCAGAUCCUUUUGCAACACUGGAGUGAAUACAUCAAGAACUUUGGGACAACAAUAGUGGUUAAUCCUGAAAAAGACAAGGAUAUGGUGCAAGAGCUACUAGAUUUUAAGGAUAAAGUGGACCAUAUCAUAGAAGUGUGCUUUCAGAAAAAUGAAAAAUUUAUAAACUUGAUGAAGGAGUCCUUUGAAACAUUUAUCAACAAGAGACCAAAUAAGCCUGCAGAAUUGAUAGCAAAAUAUGUGGAUUCCAAAUUAAGAGCUGGUAAUAAAGAAGCAACAGAUGAAGAACUGGAAAGAAUCCUUGACAAAAUCAUGAUCAUAUUUAGAUUCAUUCAUGGGAAAGAUGUCUUUGAAGCAUUUUAUAAGAAAGACUUGGCCAAAAGACUGCUGGUUGGAAAAAGUGCGUCAGUAGAUGCUGAGAAGUCUAUGUUGUCAAAGCUUAAACAUGAAUGUGGCGCUGCUUUUACCAGCAAACUGGAGGGCAUGUUCAAGGACAUGGAACUGUCCAAAGAUGUCAUGGUACAGUUCAAGCAGUAUAUGCAGAACCAAAGUGACCCAGGAAAUAUAGACCUGACAGUAAAUAUAUUAACUAUGGGAUAUUGGCCAACUUAUACACCUAUGGAAGUCCACUUAAAUUCAGAGAUGAUAAAGCUUCAAGAGGUAUUUAAAACCUUUUACCUGGGAAAACACAGUGGUCGAAAACUUCAGUGGCAGACUACUUUAGGGCAUGCUGUCCUGAAGGCAGAAUUUAAGGAAGGGAAGAAGGAGUUUCAAGUAUCACUCUUUCAGACAUUAGUACUGCUUAUGUUUAAUGAAGGAGAUGAAUUCAGUUUUGAAGAAAUUAAAAUGGCUACUGGUAUAGAGGACAGUGAAUUAAGAAGAACCCUGCAGUCUUUAGCUUGUGGAAAAGCACGAGUAUUGAUUAAAAAUCCAAAGGGCAAGGAUGUAGAAGAUGGAGAUAAAUUCAUCUUUAAUGGUGAUUUCAAGCAUAAGUUGUUUAGAAUAAAGAUCAACCAGAUUCAAAUGAAAGAAACAGUUGAAGAACAGGUCAGCACAACUGAAAGAGUAUUUCAGGACAGGCAAUACCAGAUUGAUGCUGCUAUUGUACGAAUAAUGAAGAUGAGGAAAACUCUUGGUCAUAAUCUUCUUGUUUCUGAAUUGUAUAAUCAGCUGAAAUUUCCUGUAAAGCCUGGAGACUUGAAGAAGAGAAUUGAAUCUCUCAUUGAUAGAGACUAUAUGGAGAGAGACAAAGACAACCCCAAUCAGUACCAUUAUGUUGCAUAAAAGAGAAAAAAUAGUUUUAUUUUUAUUUAAAAAAAAAUAAAAACCAAAAUCAUCCACAUAUAUCUUCAGGACACCAAAUACCUAUGCUGUUCCAGACUUUCCUGUUAGCAGAUUUCAGGUUGAUGUAUAUUAUUCAACCAGCUGCAUGCACUGCUGUGGAAAAGAAACAAAAUGACAUGUUAAUUGAUCACUUUUGUCAAGACUUCUUACUAAUUUGAAAUGUCCUGGGUUUUUUUUCCCUUUAGCUAAUCUUUUGUUCUCUUGUGUUCUUCAAAAUUUAGUUUUACAGUUUUGUUUAACAAUGUCAUUGAAGUUGGAUGGAAAGGUAAAAUUACCUGUGUGAGAAACACUUCUGUGAUGGAUGCAAGUCUGGUUUCUUCAUUUAGGUGUUCUUAACUGCAUCCAUAAAGUCCCUAAAUGCUGCAUUCUUUAGCUACAGUGACAACUUGGGUAACUUUUUAAAAACCCUUCAUUAAUGAACAUGUAUGUACAAGGAGUGUUGUUGAAAUACACCGAAGUUUUGCACCAUGAAAACCUUUAAA